AUGGAGCUGGAUCUGGCUGACUCUGACUCUGAUCUAAGGAUUGUGCUGGUGGGUAAAACUGGAUCAGGAAAAAGUGCAACAGGAAACACCAUUCUGGGCAGAGAUCAGUUUCAAGAAGAUUUUGGCUCUGAGUCUGUUACAAGAUGCUGUGAAAAACAGGAGAAAACAUGGGUGGAUAGAAACGUCUCAGUGAUUGACACUCCAGGACUGUUUGAUACAUCAAUCAAUAAUGAUGAACUGAAGGAAGAAAUAGAGAAGUGUGUGUACAUGUGUGCUCCUGGACCUCAUGCAUUCCUGCUGGUCCACAGACUGGAUCAUAAAUUCACAGAGGAGGACAAGAGCGCAGUGAAAUGGAUUCAAGAGAACUUUUCAGAAAAGGCUAUGAAGUACAUCAUAGUUCUUUUCACAAGAGGAGAUCUGUUAGACCAACCAAUUGAGGAGUAUAUUGAGCAGAGCAAAGAGCUGAAACAGCUUGUUGAGAAUUGCAAGGCUGGAUAUCAUGUUUUUAAUAAUAAAACCAAAAACGAAGAUCAAGUGACUGAACUGUUAGAGAAGAUAGACAGAAUGAUAAAGGACAAUGGAGGAGAACAUUACACAAAUGACAUGUACGAGGAAGCCCAAAGAAAAAUCUGUGAAGAAAAAGAAAACAAGAAGAAAGAAGAAGCAAGAGCAAAAAAGACAAAAAACUUUAACCAGUGUGUAGGAGCAGCAAUAAUAUUAUCAGCCAUGGCAUUUGCAGUUGCUUACAAAAAUUCACUCAUAUUCAGACAGUUUGUAGAUUUCAGUUGGAACAUGUUUAUCGAUACUUUAAUGGUUAAAAAACAGUAUUAA